GCACCCCCCACACCACCCAGAGCUUCGCACAAGCCCCGAGAUGUCCGGACCGAGAUCCGGAUUUGCCCGGAGCUGCAGUUGGAAUGUGGAGGGAACCCUCCAGCAGCAGCGAUCUAUCCGGGGUUUGGAGAUCAGGUGUAGAUGGAGUUAUUUACAGUCUUGAAAGCAUGUAAUUCACUGUUGGUAGUCAUGCUGAAGACUAAUGGGAUUGCUCAUCCAGCUAACCAUGUCUUUGAAUUCGUCUGCACAAGGACCAAAAAGAAGUGCUGAGGGUUUGGACAGCCAAGAACUGCAGACUCCAUCAUCAUUUCAAGAUAACCCUCUUCAACAAUUACAGUUAGCAUCCCAGGAAGUGCUGGAAAAGGCAAAAAAGAGUGGGAGAUCAAAAUGCCCCCGAUGCAGGAGUUCAAGGAUGUUUUAUUGUUAUACAUGCUUUAUUCCUGUUGAAACUGUCCCUACCAAAGAAAUUCCAACUGUGAAGUUACCUUUGAAGAUCGACAUUAUCAAGCACCCAAAUGAAAACGAUGGCAAGAGCACUGCUGUGCACGCAAAGCUGCUGGCACCUGAUGAUGUUACAAUUUAUAAAUACCCUUGCAUUCCAGAGUAUGAAGAAAAGAGACAUGAAAUAGCACUUAUCUUUCCUGGCCCCAAUUCGGUUUCAGUAAAAGAUAUUGCUUCCCAUCUCCAAAAGUACACAAAAAAAGGUGUCUGCAACAGUGAUGAUGACUGUUCCAAAGAACCAGUUCUCAAGCAGGCAAAAAUAGAACCUGAAGAAGAAAAAAGUCCAAAUGAAUGCAUCUCAAGCAGCAGGAAUGAAGGCACUAGACUGAAGAAAAUAAUAUUUAUUGACAGUACCUGGAAUCAGACCAACAAGAUAAUAACUGACGAACGACUUCAAGGGUUGCUGCAGAUCGAGUUGAAGACAAGGAAAACUUGUUUUUGGCGCCAUCAGAAGGGGAAGCCAGACACGUACCUGUCCACAAUAGAAGCCGUUUAUUAUUUCCUUGUGGACUAUCACCAGGAGGUUUUGAAAGAGACCUACAAAGGACAAUAUGAUAAUCUGCUUUUUUUCUUUUCAUUUAUGUACACAUUGAUUAAAAAUGCCAAGUGUUCUGCAGGAAAAGAGUCUGAUGUGCUCACUGUGACGAGCACAGUUCCUGAGGUGGGGAUAGAGGACUUGACCUCUCUUGCCAUAAUGAUUGAUCUCUCUAACUGUAAAAAUCAAUUAACAUGCUGACUUUUUAUUGUUACCAAUAGUUCAUGUCAGGUGUUUUCUUUGUGUUUUACACAGUAAUAAAGAUUUCACUUUCCUGACAUCAAAAGCUUAUGGAAAUGAAUAUCGUGGUAUUUAACUGGGGAGGGUUGCACCAAUACAAAAUGAAAGAGCACAUUAAUUGAAUACAAAUUAUGUACCUUCAAAAGUAAAUCUGGAAAAUUGUUCAAGUAAUAAAAAAGUGAUCUCUUUAAA